GCGCUCUAUCUAUCUGCAGGAAGAGGAAGAAGAUGAUGGGCCAUGCCGGGCAUGGACAAGGAGACCGAGCGGCUGCUGAUGCGUUUCUAUCCUCGCGUCAGCAGCCUGGCCGAUUACCUCUGCCAGCUUCUGCCGCAGUCUGAGGGCCACGCUUGUGUUGAGGAGCUGUUCCAGUCACCCGAGUCGUCGUGCAGCUCCAAUUUGUCUUCCUCCUUGGCCUGCCUCCGGGGGGCCUUGGUCGGACACUCCGAGAUCGCACAACAGCCUCUUUAUCGAACUUGGAGGCGUCCAAGAGAGGAGGAAGCGCUGGCGCUCGGCGAUGUUGCACAGAUUGUCGAGCAGGCGCAAUUACGCCUCUUUCAACAGGAGAGAGGUCGCCAAGGAAGAAAAACAACGUCUGCAGCCAACAUCCUCACUCACGGCUACCGAAGGGCAGACGAGCGAGCAAGCGUCUUCAAGCUGCCGCUCGUGUCGGGCUCGUCGGCCUUGACAAACUUCUACGUAAACACAAAUGUCACGCGCAUCGUCAUGGGCCCUGAAUGGAGGCGAAUGCUCCUCUUGUGAGUCACUGCGUCGGCUGCCAUGAACGAAAGUCCGUGGCUGACAACAGUCCAGCCUAGGGCCAGAUAUCUUGCUAUACCUUCUCACAACAACCUCCCUCUUUCUGCCCAUCGACGGAUCUCAAGGCUGCUUCGUCCAGCUCUUUGGCACCCCGGUCGGUGAUCUAUCCGAGCUUCAGGGUGUAGAGGUAGAAGAUGCAGACGGAAGGUCGUCAAAACUGCCAACGUCACGAAAGAGGAAGAGGACUCGGGCGACUGCCAGCAAGCAGA